AUGCUUACUUGCUUGGGAGCGGCUAUGGUUGAGGUACAUGAGCUACGGGAAAGAGCAGGCCACCCAGAUCGUGAAAUAUUGGUGCGGCCAAGUGAAGUAUAUGAACUAUCUCAUAUGCCAGAUAGACGGGUUCCGGGAACGGAAUACGCUGUUACUGUGGAAGAAGAGCAGAGAGAACGGUGGGUGUGGCGGCGUAAGUUAGUGUGCUGGGUUUGUGGAGGUAUAAUUUGUCUUGUGGUGAUAGCGAUUGCUGUGUCCUUUUAUCUUACCUAUUCUAAGGUUUUUACUAUAUUGGGAUAUGUCGAUAAGUUGCCUUUGCCUCGAAUCAACAACACUAAUGAGACCGUGCAGACUACGUGGGAUUGGGUUACUAACCAGGUAGAUAUGGAAGCUACGCCGGGGAUGGAUAUUAUUGCCGGGAUGCCGAACGUUACUCUGACGGGGGAUACUAUUAUGAUAGGAAAUGUGACGGAAAUGGCAAAUGCUACUAUGCUGGAGAAUGUGACGGAAAUGGCAAGUACUAGUAUGGUAGGCAAUGUGACAGAAAUGGCAAGUACUAGUAUGGUAGGCAAUGUGACAGAAAUGGCAAGUACUAGUAUGGUAGGUAAUGUGACGGAGAUGGCAAGUACUGCUAUGAUGGAGGAGAAUGCUAAUCCAAUCGCGAAUAGUAUGGAAGUGGUAAAUGCUGCAAUGGCGGGACCUAGUACGGAUUUGAACUUCACUUCACUUGAUGGGAUAUAUAGUAGUGUGAGCAAUCACUGGGCUGGAAACAGCUCGGAAGUUAAUGGAUCUGUGACAACCAGUGAACUAAGGGCACUCUAG